AUGGAGUACGUUAAACCACAUCGACCACUGUACCACUACAAGGCUUGGAGGUUGUAUGUUUGUAAGUUUGUAAGGGUAGGGUAGGGUAGGGUAGGGUAGGGUAGGGUAGGGUAGGGUAGGGUAGGGUAGGGUAGGGUAGGGUAGGGUAGGGUAGGGUAGGGUAGGGUAGGGUAGGGUAGGGUAGGGUAGGGUAGGGUAGGGUAGGGUAGGGUAGGGUAGGGUAGGGUAGGGUAGGGUAGGGUAGGGUAGGGUAGGGUAGGGUAGAGUAGGGUAGGGCAGGGUAGGGUAGAAUACGGUAUGAAUGUUUGUUUAUCUAUACUUAAAUACAAAUUACAGUACUCCUCUUAACACUAUGUGUGUUUGUCAACUUUUACCUACAAACAAACUUGGGCAUGGCAAUGGUAUGCAUGGUGAAUACAACUGCAGUAGAAAGGAUGUCGUCUUCACGUAGUCAUAAUAUGUCCAUGUAUCUUCAUGAUAGUGACAAAUGUCCAAAAUUGAUUGAAGAAGAAGAAGAAUCACUGGGAUAUAGGGUAAUAUAUGUUGUUGUUGGGUAGUUUAGAGUAAUAUAUGUUGUUGUAAAGUAGUUUUCCAAAUUUCGUUUUAAUGUUUGAAUUUUUAAAUAUAAAAUAAAAAAAAUUUCUCACAUAUAAAAGAACCUUUAGGGCAAAUUCGUCUGGACAACAGUACAACAAAGUUUUUUGGUAUCAGCUUUGUUCUACACAUCAUUGUUAUCAAUUACUGUUAGUGGCACGUUGGCUGACCGUUUCAAUACCAAGUACAUAAUACUGGCAGCUAUGAUAAUAUACGCCGCUUUGACAGUACUGUCACCGCUUUUGGCGGGGUUACAUUACUAUGCAUUUUUGGGCGGUCGAUUCAGUAUGGGAUUUGUUGAUGUAAGUGUUUUAUCUAUACCACGCUUUAUACAUGUAAAUAUUUGUAUUGACCAAGUCAAAUAUUUCGUUGCGGGACCCAACUUGGGUUCCUGGCCGUUAGUUUGGACUGAGCUCACACGUGCCGGGCCGGUCAAAUUUGCUUCGGCUAGCUUAGCACAGGCGGCGUCGGCUCUAGUAAGCCCCCUAUAACAUCUAAUGAACAACGAGAGGCUAUGUUUAAGAAAAAAGUUUUAAAAAAUAUUUUUAGCUAUAAUUUUUGUUAUUUUAGGGCCUAAUCUUCCCAGCAGUAACAGCAGUGUUAGCAAGAUGGUUUCCACCAAGUGAGCGUAGCACUGUAGCUGCUGUUUAUACAUCUGGAUCGCAACUUGCUGUUAUUGUGAAUUCUCUACUGACUCCGAAACUGUGUGUCAUCGAUGUUUGGGAUGGAUGGCCAUUUAUUUUCUAUGUGGCAGGUAUAUCUUUCAUAUUUUGUUAGAAUUCCAUAUAAAGUUUUAAAACUCAUUUUUGAUAUUCGGUUGUUCACAUAAUUCUGCGCCCCCUUACCUCACAAACUUGCUUUGAGGGGGGAGCAGAAUUCAAUGAACAGCCUAAUAGUACAGUAUGUUUUUGAUAAUACAGUAUAUGAAAUAACUAACAUUUUAUUUCAGGCCUAGUCUCCCUAAUCAUAGUGAUAAUCUCCUACAUAUUCUUAUCAAACUCACCACGAGAGUGUAGGUGGGUAGGGAUGAAAGAGUCCAAAUUCUUGUCAAAUCAAUUGGAUUCACACAGAAAUCUAGAAGACACAAAACCACCUAAAAUUCCAUAUUUCAAAAUUUUAACAUCACCAGUAGUGUUGUCAGUAGCUGCCAAUGACUUUUCAUACAACUUUUCGUACAUCAUGUUCUCACAGUUUCUACCGUUCUUCUUCCGUGAUGUCAUGCAAAUGAGCUUGAGUGCUGUAAGUUGGUCUUGAACGCAGGCUAGGAUAGGGACUAAGAGUAUUGAGUAUGGGAUUUGAGGCAUGAGGUAUGGGGUAUAGUGUAUGAGGUAUGGGGUAAAGGUUAUGGGGUAUGGGAUAUGGGGUAUGAGGUAUAGAGCAUGAGGUAUAAGGUGUGGAAUAUGGGGUAUGGAAUAUGGGGUAUGAGAUAUAAGGUACGGGGUAGAAGUAGAGCUUAAAAAAUUUUUUUUGAAAAAUUAAUAAAAUUAAAAUAAAAAUUUUAAUAAAACUUUUUUUUUCAGAAUGGCAUAUCAACAGCACUACCAUUCAUAAUGAUGAUUGUAGCUCGUAUACCAUUGGCUUCGUUUGCCGAUUACUUAAAACACAAAGAAAUUUUGUCAGUUACGGCUACAUGUAAAGUCAUGCAAACCUUUGGUAAGACAAUUCUUUAAAAAUUUAUUGUUGAAGACAUGUUAUACGAUGAAACAUGUCCAGAGUGUUUAGGCAUGUUUCAUCGUAUAGAAUGUCACUCAUAAUAAAGCUUAAAUUUAAGCUUUAUAAAGUAACCUGUAUGUCUAUACAGGCUACAAAGAUUAUAUUUAUCAUUUUUUUACUGACAGACAUCUUAUACGAUGAAACAUGCCUAAACACUCUGGACAUGUUUCAUCGUAUAACAGGUCCCUUUUUUCAAUGGUUGAUUUCAAAUCUUAAAAUUAAAAAAAAACAAAUUUCAGCCUGCCUUGGAACAGCCUCAAUGUUCGUAGCAAUAGCAUUUUUGGUCGAUUGUACCACUCCAACAUUAGCAAUGGUACUAUUAGUACUCUUCGGAGUGACGUUCUCAGGAGAAAUUGCUGGUGCAUUCACAGCAAUCUUAUUCAUCGCUCCACCAUUUGUUGGCACUAUCAGUUCAUGCGCAACAUUUGUUGGUAUGCUGGCCGCCAUUGCUGCUCCAGCUGUCUUUUCUUGGCUUAAUGUUUAUGUAAGUUGACAUUAUAUAAGUUUUGUAAUGGAAGUUCUUGCGGUUUUCUGAAAAGUAAGUUUUGGAAAGAAAGUUCUUGCGGUUUUUCAAAAAAUGAAGUUUGUAAAGAAAGUUCUUGCGGUUUUUCAAAAUGGGUCUUGUAAAGGAAGUUCUUGCGGUUUUUCAAAAAAUGAGUUUUGUAAAGAAAGUUAUUGCCUAGUUAAACAUUUUGUUCAUUUUUCAGAACACAGAAGCCGAAUACCGAAACGUAUUCCUAUUUACAGCUGGCGUCAACCUGGUAGCUGGCAUUUUGUUUGUUAUCUUUGGUUCAGGUAGGUUUUCUUAUAUACAUUAUGAUGUUAAUCUGGUGAAAUAGCCUCCCCGUAUUUUGCAAUUUUAAUCGAAAUUUCAAAUUUCCAGCCGAAGUCCAGCCGUGGGCCAAAAUUCCAGAAGAAAAUGAAACGACCAAGAAGGAUAAUGACAAAAAUGACACUAUUGUCGCAAAGUUUUAG